GUAAAGGCUGGAGAGCCACCACAUGGAUCAGAAACAUCUCUUGGGGAAGUUGGCGCAAGCACACCAGAGUUGAUGUCGCUAACAUCUCGGUUGACCAAAGAUAUUCUGCUCUGUUGCCUGAGCUGUGGAACCAUGAGACCCAUAAGCUAGAGCUGAAGAAACUGGUUUUCUUACUACCCAGUACCCACCCUGAGCGUGCGCAACGAUGAUCUUCUCUACAUCAUGGCCAAGGUGGGUGGGGAACAUGACAAGGCCUGGGUCAUCGCCGUUGGCAUGAAAAGUGCGGUUGUGGAGGGACUAGCCCCUGUUUCGACCGGACGGUACUGCCCCAGUACAAUGUUCUCCCCAUGUGCCUUCCCGUUACCUCAACUACAUGACCCAAGGAAACAAGUCUGAAGAACCACUCGUUGGAUGUGAUGGAGGAAUCUUGGAAGAACAGGAAAUUCAAGCCGAGCACAGGAUAAGAGGGCCUGAGAUGGGCAAUCCAGUGGACAAAUACUUUAAGAGGAUGAAUGCUUCACAGUGUGCUCUGCAAGUGCUGUUGACUCAACGCUGGUUCAGGGAACUUGAUGAAUGGUUGGAUUCUCAGGGAUCAGCUUGCGAUGCAUACUGCAAAUCACUACCUUACUGGUGUCCAGCAUCAGCUCUGUGUUUUGAUAUUAAGGCAGUGGUAAACUAUGCUUCCUAUAAUGGUGAUGGAGAAGGUGCUUCCAUGGCUGUAGAUUCCUGCUUACGAGCUUUGGACGAUUUCUAUAAACUACUGAAGCAGUCACCUCUGAGUGAUCCAUCAACAACUGAAGCCAUGAAGCGUCAAAUCAUGGUUGCCCUUGGCUCUCUAGACAGCAUCUUGGAAUUUGUACCGCUAAACCGUAUGCCAAGGAGCAUACAGAAGGUGCUUGUAGAUGUCUGCCUGGAACAAAAAGAAAAAACACUAGUAUGUGAACACUGCGAGAAGCCAGGCCUUACAGAGGAUGAAUCUGACGAAUGGCGGCAAUGGGGAUCAGACUCGGGGGACGAAUCGGAUGAAUGGCAGCAAGGGUCAUCCGACUCGGAGGAUGAAUCUGAUGAAUGGCAGCGAGUGGGACCUGACUUGGAUGACUCCCUAGAGACCCUCGGGAAGAAGCAGGCACAGGUUCUGGAUCGCCGGUCGGGGCACUCGUGUUGGCUGUAUUUUGUUUGCUGCGUAUUGGUAGUGGUGGCCGCAAGAGCGUUGAGCCAUCCCACUUUAAUGUCAUAGAGCCAGUAUCUUGUUAUUCUCUCUCUUCUAGGAGCUCCUGUGCCGUGCAUGUAAAAAGGUAGUGUUCUGGAAACUAGUGUUAAAUGAGGUUAACAUCGGUGGUGGUUAAUGUAUUAGCAUUAUCCCUGUAGCUAAGUUCAUGUGCUGCUGCUUUUGUUCCUGUUCCUUUUCCUGAAUCAGAUAGAUUUGGUCUUGAACCUGAAGGACAUGU